CAGGGGCGGACUGACCAUUUGGAAACUCGGGCACUGCCUGAGGGCCCGGCGUCAGUAGGGGGCCCCAUGAGAUGCCCCUGGUACCUUUUUCAUAGGCUUUUUUGAGUUUGGGCAAGGACACAGGGGCCCCAUGAUCCCCUAUUGCCCGGGGGCCCCAUGAGUUGUCAGUCCGCCCCUGGUGUAUGCAGUUGCACCCAACAGUGCCAAUCAGUGCCCAUCAUUGCUGCAUAUCAGUGCAGCAGCAUCAGUGCCACCUCAUCA